GAAUGCCCAGGCCUAGUCUAUAUAUCCAUUUUAAAUGAUGAAACAUAUUAGGUUGUAUGAAAUAUUUCUGAACCGUAUGAUCUUGCAAAAGAUCUGUAAUCUAUAAAAUAUAUCAUACAAGAUUUCCUUUUUUUUAAAGAUUUUAUUUACAUGAUAACUCUUUAAAAAUAUUCUAGAUAACAUUAGGCAUUUACACGUCGAUCCUCACAAAUACUUAUUACCCAAUCAGAUCUCACCGUUUAGAAACUCAAAAUAUUGAGUGUGUUUUCUUUCUUUAAAAAUAGAUUUAAAGAUUUGUCACAACUUGUUUUUGUAGUCAGAGUAUACCGAAUCUAUUAAGAGACAAUCAUCUAUUAAUCUUGUUGAAGAAAAGUAAUUAAUAAAUCUUUUCUUUUGGGCAGUAGCCGAAUGCCUGUAGGAUUCUUUUUCUUGUAAAUGUCCAUAUAUAUAACAAAAACAUUAAAAACUAAAGAAGGAGGAGAAGAAGGAGACUCUCGUUUCCAUCUUCUGAGAAAUUUGUUGAUUCCGUCUGUAUACUCUACUUCACCUACAAAUAUCAUGGAGAAGGAGAAAUCAGACAACUCUGAGAUGUUCCAGGGUAAUGCAGAAAAGAAACCUGCUUGGAACAGGCUCUCUAAUGGAGAUUCUGGGAUCAAGCCAGUCAUGGUAGCUUCGUCAUCGUGGCCAUUGCUUUCAGAGGCGGCGAAAGCAGCUUCUUGUUCAUCCUCUUAUUCGUUAAAAAGUCUUUGCUGCGAUGGAUCUUCAUCAUCGGUCUCUUCGUUCUCCAAGCAACGUAGUAUACUUGCCGAACUGGAACCAAUGAAACAAACAUUAACUGAUGCGAUUAGCAACAUUAACCAACGAGCGGUUGCUCAAGCUUCAGGUUGUCCUUCACCAUACACUUCUCCUAGCAGUUAUAACCAAAGGAACAUGUUUGCAUCACAGUCCCAUGUCCGUGCCCAAAACCAACAUCAACGGAAUUCAAACAACAACCAAAAUGUUAGCUAUCAUCCUCAUCAAAGUCAUCGAGGUGGACACAAUCAGGAACAUGUGAAUCUUCCAAGAAACUUUAAUGGUCUAGGCGGAUUUGUAAGACCAUCACCACCACUACUUGUGCCACCAAUCUAUGCUCAACAUAUGCCACCUCAACCAUUUUAUUAUCCUCUAGAUUUUACUGGCUUUCCACCACAGAUGAUGUAUCAUCCUCAUCGCAUGCCCUUCAUGGAGCCUCCUCCUGUCUUGUUUCCACGUCAAAAUCCAAACCGCCGCAUGCGCUCCAUGGAGCCUCCUCCUGUCUUGGUCCCAUCUCAAAAACCUUCCUUAAAAACCAAGACAUUCAAUCAAGUUCAAAAAGCUCCCCUUAAAACCAAGAUAGCGAAUCAAGUUCAAAAAGUUCCCCUUAAAACCAAGAUACUAAAUCAAGUUCAAUUUUAUUUGAGCGAGGAUAAUUUACCAAACGACGUAUAUCUUCGCAUGCGCAUGAAUGAUGAAGGCUUUGUUCAUAUAGAGUUCAUUGCUGGAUUCAAUAAGCUUAAAGCACUGACAAGUAAUAUCCAGCUUAUAUUGGAUUCUCUACAAGGUUCUGAUAUGGUUGAAGUCAAGGGCUAUGAAAUAAGAAACCGGCAUGUCUGGAGAAAAUACGUUAUGCCUCAAGACUGGCGGGUUACUUUUUAUCCGAGCCCAGAAUAUGCAAUGGCUAACAACCAUUAAAACAUGCAGCUCGAGCAGAACUAGAAGAAGUGUGAUCAAGUUCAAGCAAUCAAAAAGCCGAUAAUAAUAAUAAGAAAUCAGUUGGUUGUAUACCGUCUUCAAAUCUAAGUUGGAGGAGUUUUUGCUUUUGCAUAGAGAGGAUUGUUGGAUUUAUGUGAAGCUACCAUCAUUUUGCAUAUGAUGUCAAUUAACAUUUUGUCCGUAAACCAAAACAAAUAUAACAAACUGAGAAAAGCUUUUAAAAAGGUUAAAAGAGUUGUGUAGAUUAAAAUUUUGAGUUUUAUGACUUA